CCCAACGCGAGGCUAACUGGCGUUAGCUACCGGGGAGCGGACAUGUUGUUCCGUCCUUUCCUAGAAUAAACAUCGUUUUGACCAGGAUUUCGGGAGUUACGGGAGAAGCCAGGUGCAUCUGGCAAUCAUGGAGGCCGUGAACGCCUUUAACCAGGAGUUAUUCUCCUUGAUGGACUCCAACCCUCCUAUAUCUCGAGCAAAGAUGAUCUCCAUUACCAAAUCAGCCAUAAAAGCUAUGAAACUCUACAAACAUGUGGUCCAGAUUGUGGAAAAGUUUAUCAAAAAGUGUAAGCCAGAGUAUAAAGUUGCUGGCUUGUAUGUGGUUGAUUCCAUUGUGAGGCAGUCCAGGCACCAGUUUGGACCAGACAAAGACGUGUUUGGUCCAAGGUUCACCAAAAAUAUCACAGGAACCUUCGAGAACCUUUGUCUCUGUCCCAUAGAGGACCGGAGUAAGAUUGUGCGGGUUUUGAACCUGUGGCAGAAGAACGGAGUGUUUAAGAUCGAGGUUAUUCAGCCACUCUUGGAUAUGGCUGCAGGUUCUGGCAGUGGUGCUGCUUCCAUCACACACACAGAAGAGCCGGGUUCACCGCCGUCUCCAGCCAAAGAGCCUGUGACCGGAGUAUUAGCCAACUCCACCCCAACAGCCGCUCCUCCACUACACAACUCUGACGCCUUUGCUGCUGUAGCACAGCUCUUCCAGUCUUCGCAGGGUCAGCAGCUCCAGCAGAUGCUCCAGAACUUUCAGCAGCAGGCGGUUAAGCCUGAAACCAACACUCAGCCUCUUCUGCCGACCGCUCAAAUGCCGGUUCAAAGCGUGCCUACUGGCCUGGCUGCGGUUGCUGCUCAGCCUCACCUCUCCUCGCCUCAACCUCCUCCCGUCAACUCCACCCAACCGGUCCAGCAAAAGACAACUUUUGACAUGAAGUUGCUUGACCGUUUUGAUUAUGAUGAUGAACCAGAAGUUGGAGAUGAAACUAAAAAGGAUGAAGCCUCCUCACAGCCCCCUUUUAUGCAACAACCUCCAGCCUUUCCUCAGCACAUGGAGCACUUUAAUACACAGAUGAUGAAUAUCUCACAAGACAUCACACAGCAGGUUUCCGUGCCUCCGAACGGCCAGCUACAGGCUGGUGUCGUUCUGCCAGGACAAGGCUACCCUGUUACCAUGCCACCGAUGGGGCACUCUCUUCCAGGGCACCACAUUCCAGGUUCAACUGGGCUUCCAGGCUUCCCAGGGAUAUACCCUCCUCAAAACGCUGCCCAGCAACAACAGGACUCCUCAGUGGAUAUGGACCAUUCAUCAAUGAGAGAUGGCCGGCAUGGUCGGCGGUCCCACUCAGGCUCAAGAUCUCCAAAGAGAAGAAGGUCUAGAUCCAGUUCCGCCCGCUCCCGAUGGUCCAGGCACAGGCGAUCCCGCUCCAGAGCGCGCCACCACUCACCUCGCUCUCGCUCACAGGAGCGCCGGGAGAGAGGAGAAAGAGAGCGGCGGCAGAAAGGCCUUCCACCGCCCAAGAGCGAGACUCUGAGCAUUUGUAGUACUACACUGUGGGUGGGUCAGCUGGACAAGAGAACUCAACAGCAAGACGUCGCCUCGUUGCUUGAAGAGUUUGGACAGAUUGAAUCUAUAAAUAUGAUUCCUCCAAGAGGUUGUGCUUACAUUGUCAUGAUACACAGGCAAGACGCUUACAGAGCACUGCAGAAACUCAGCAGAGGAUCGUCAAAAGUUAACCAGAAAGCAAUUAAGAUUGCUUGGGCUCUGAACAAGGGUAUAAAGCCUGAUUUUAAACAGUACUGGGAUGUGGAGCUGGGUGUCACCUACGUACCCUGGUCUAAAGUCAGAGAGGACCAGUUGGAGGAGCUGAAGGAGGGAGGAAUGCUGGAUAUGGAUACCUUAUCACCAGACUGGAGCAGCAUGAGAAAGACCUUCGACCACCUUGAGGAACCCACACACAAUGGCCGUUCUGAGCAACAGCAGCCUGAGGAGAUACAAGUGUUACCGAUGACUGUUGCAGCUUCUCAUCCUGUACAAGUCCCUUCAUUGCAGCAGCCAAUGAUUGCUAUGGGUUCCCUUCAACCUCCGGUCUUUCCUGGUCCCAUUGGGAUGCCUCCACCUGGCUUUGCUCCAGGCAUUCCCCUUCCUCCUUUCAUUAGACCUGGCUUUAACCCGUUGCAAAUGCCCCCAGGUUUUCCUGCCUCGGGACCUAUGGCCCUCGGUCCACUACUUCCUUCCAAAGGUGGAGUUGAUGACCCCCCUCAAGACCCAGCAGGUCAGGGCGCCAAGAAAAAUGAUGAGGUCCUGGAGGGUCCAAAUUUAUUUAACCACCAAAUGGGACACAUGGGACCUCCUGGAGGUUUUCCAGGUGGACCUAAUUCUACUGUUGGUCACCCCGUUGGUCUUGUCGGACAUCCCGGCGGUCCUCCGGUCGGACAUCCCGGCGGUCCUCCGGUCGGACAUCCCGGCGGUCCCCCGGCCGGACAUCCCGGAGGUCCCCCUGCCGGACAUCCCGGCGGUCCCCCGGCCGGACAUCCCGGUGGUCCCCCUGCCGGACAUCCCGGCGGUCCCCCAAUUGGACCUCCAGGUCCAGGUGGACACCCUGGAAACAUCCAGUCCCCUCUUGGGGGUCUACUAGGUGCCCGACCUGGUAUGAUGCCACUCCAGCGCCCUCAGGGUCCACCACCAUCACACAUGCAACGUUUCCCUCCACCACAAGGGCAAAGACCACCUCACCCCAACGUGCCGCCUGGCCCGCCACAGUUGAUACCCAGGGGUCCACAUCCUCAAAUGAUGCGCCACGAGCCGCCACAACCUAAAGGAGGAUUUGGGAUGCCCCCUCCACAUAACAUGAGAGGUCCCUUCCCUCGAGGACAUGGCCCGCCCCCUCAAGGUCCUGCCCUGUUUACAAGACCGGGUGGUCCUAGAAGCUUCGAAGAGCAGGAGGAAAUGGAUGACAGACCGCUCAGGAGUGACAGGCCAGGAUUCAGGGAUCGAGAACAGGAGAGGGACAGAGACUGGGAUCGAGACAGAGACAGAGAGAGGGACAGAGGGUUUGGAGGGGGAAGGCGUUUUGGUGAUGGAGGUAGAGGAGGGGGUAAUGACAAAAUGGAUGGGCGGGACAGGCUCGGAGGUUGGCAGGAAGAUGUAGGGAAUUCUCGUGGGGGCGGAUGGGAGAGAGACAGAGACCGAGAUCGGGACAGAGAUAGAAGGGACUGGAGAGAGAGGCGAGGCAGCCUUGAUAGAGACAGAGAUCGAGGCCGGAAUGACGAUGGGGAGAGGGACCGAGGCAAAGCGGAGAGCGGAGAAAGAAGUAGAGGAGAAGGAGGCAGCCGGGACAAAACCAGAGCGGCUGAAGUUAAAGCAGACAAACCGAGACGGUCAGAACGACGAGAGAGGACGUCGCGGUGGGAUAAAGACGAUCGACUGGCUGAACUGGAAAACAUGGACAAAUUCCGAAGCGCUAACAGCACGGAACAACCUGGUGGGACUCCUCUGUUUACGGUGGAAACUAGGAAAGAGCCAAAUGGGGAAGCCACUAAAAAGAAGGAAGAGUCAGAACAUUUACUUGCUGGGCCGAUUCCAGCUGGUGAAAAUGUCCAAUCCUCAGAGUCUAAAGAGCCGGCUCAAAAUGAGUCCACAGCAACAAAAGAAGAAAAGCAUGCAGCAGCAUCAUAGACCUUCAACCUGUGAUUGCUGUGAAUGAGAGAAACUCCGAAAAAAGUUUUGUUCACUGUAAUAGUCUCAGUUCUAACUAGUGACUGUUCGUCAGAUGAUCAUUGACAGUUCCUGGGCGGUAGCACAUCUCCCACCACGUUGUCAAGCAAAUGAAACCAGAUCUGUUGAAACAUCACGUUAUGCGUAUAAUGUGGCCUGGCAUUUUGGUUUCAUUUUGAUCAAUAGUUAGAUACUUGUUUUUUUAUUAUCGUAGUUUGUAUACAGAUGGGGGAAAUUAUUGUUGUCCCAAUUUUAUUCAUACUUUCAUGUCAUCACCUGGAGGAAGGAGCUUCUCAACAACAAAUUAGUUCUGUUAUGGAGUCACUUUUAAAAUCUGCAACACUGAAAACUAUUGAAAUGUACUGUAAUGGUGGUGUCAAUCUAUUCUCCUUAUCGCUGCUUAUAACAUUAUCACCACCAAAAGACAGAAUCUAAUGAUUUUAAGAAUUAACUAGCUCAAAGGAUUUUAUUUCUAAGGAAACAUUUGACGACAUUACCACAAGAGUGUUUACUUUUAAGGCAAAAACAAGAAAAAUAUAUGACUAAUCAAAGAAAUAGACAUGUAGUAUUUCAAAACUUUUUCACAUAUUCAAGAAUAUAAUUUAAUGCUACAUAAAUGAACAAUGGCCAUUAUUCAGCUAGGAUAUUUCCAUCAAAAAUAGUUUCCAGAGCUGCAACUAUGAACACAGCUAUUG